UAAUUCAUAAAACCCAGAAGUCACUCUCUUGAAAGUGUGGAGUUCUUUCAUCCAAUUAUCAGGUGUCAUUUUCUUUCCAUUGUUAGUUUCCUUCCAAGUAAGUUCAUAAAAUCAAUUCAAUUUGAAUAUCUGAGACGCUCCUCGUUCAAGUGUCAGUUUAAACAGUUUCAUGAGAGGAUUCUAACAUGGAGACCGGAGAGUAUACCCACUUUAAUAAUAAUCAAGAACUGUUUGUAAAAUAAAAUAAAAUAAAAUAAAACCACUCGUUUUGGCUUUUACGGAAGUACCCCUAAAUUCGUCAAAAUCAAAGUUCGUCAAAUUACAAAGAAACGUUAAGCAACGGGACGAAACGUUCAAGGCGGAUUCUAGAAGGUGCUGGCCUCAUUAAUGGUUUCAUCAUUAUCAUCAUCAACUCUUAUCUUGCAUAGUAAGAGCUCUGGAAGACUGUUUCUUUAUCUAUUCGGUUUUUCCUCGCUUUGUUCAUUAUUGGCUCAGUAAAUCCAACAAGAAUGGCUAAGAGCGUAUUCAAGCGAGAGCAUGACUUGGAACAGAGGCGUGCUGAGGCUGCGAGAAUUAGGAAGAAAUACGUUGAUAGAAUUCCAUCCUUGAAGGUGAUUGUAGAGAAGGCUGAGAGAAGUGAUAUCCCCUACAUCGACAAGAAAAAAUACCUUGUCCCUGCUGACCUGACAGUGGGCCAAUUUGUAUAUGUAAUUCGGAAGAGAAUUAAACUGAGUGCAGAAAAGACAAUCUUUAUAUUUGUGGACAAUGUCCUUCCACCAACAGGAACUAUAAUGUCCACCAUUUAUGAUCAAAAGAAGGAUGAAGAUGGAUUUCUUUAUGUUACUUACAGUGGGGAAAACACAUUUGGGUAGAAUAAGAUUGUGAAGCCUGAUUUUCUCUUUCACCGGUUUCCUAUCCAGAAUUUUCUGGCAUCACAAAACUGGCAUCGUGCCAAAUGGAUGUACUUGUUCUGUGUCGACCUGUACAGUUCUACUUUGUACAUAACAUAACAACAAACUGUUUAUUGA